AUGGGGGUGACUUCUAUUGAGAAAGCCGAACUAAUCGCAUAUCAAUUGAAGGAUGUGGCCCAAGUAUGGUACUUUCCCCGUGAGAAGAGGGAAGCCAAAGUUGAGGAGUUCAUCAAACUUUGUCAAGGAGGUAUGUGUGUCCAAGAAUACUCCUUGAAAUUCACUAAUUUGUCCAAGUAUGCCUCGUCCUUGGUGUCUAAUCCUAGAGAUGAGAUGAGCCAAUUUGUGACAGGUGUGUCUGACUCGAUUGAGGAAGAAUGUCGUGCGGCAAUGCUUCAUGAUAAUAUGGACAUUUCAAGUCUAAUGGUGUAUGCUAAACAAGUUGAGGAGACAAGGCUUAGGAAGAAAAAUAGAGAGGUAAAGAGGGCAAGGACCGAUAAUGGAAAUUUUUCUAAGGGUAAGUUCGAGGGUCAAUGUGGACCAAGAUUCAAGAAGAGGUUUUCCAACCAAGACUCCUCUAGUGGUCCAAGGGUCAACAAAGAUAAGGUGUCUAACCCUAAGCCUCAAAGAGGCAAGAGUGGGGGAUCUUCUAUGGUGAGGCCUACUUGUGCCAAGUGCGGUAAAACGCAUGAUGGUAAAUGUCUUGCCAGCAUGGGUGUGUGCUAUGGUUGUGUAAAGAGUGGCCAUCAAUUGAAAGAUUGCCCAACCCGUACGGCUAAAGAAAGAGAUGAUAAGAAAACUCCUCCUAUUGGUUCAAACUCUGAUGCUCCCAAGAAGAACCGCUUCUAUGCUCUUUAA